AUGCGUAAUAACGGUGACCGAGGUGCACUCUUCUCCUCCUCCUCUGUUGGCUCGUUCUCAGCCGCCACCCUCGUAAGUACGACGAACGGCGCUUGUGUCGUUUCGUGUCUACGUCUGCCUCUGCCUCUUUCUUCGCUUGCCUUCGUUGCUCACGCGCUGCAGCAACGGCCAGGGGCGAAAGAGGCAGCGUUCACGUCAAGGUGCGCUCAAGGCGCAACUGCUACCCUGCCGCCCUGCGCUAUGCUCGUGUGCUGA